AGCCGUGAGCAUUAAUCACCCAGUCGUUUCGGACCUGUCUCAAGGGAAACACUGCUGCAACUCAUUAUUGUUUGUCAAACAUCUGCAUAAGGCAAUAUGACGACCCAUUGCUGGGAUAAAGAAGGCUUGAAGUCCUUUGAAGAUGAGAACGAAACGGUCCUUUUGAAAGAGCAAGCUCUAGCUUACGCCGAUGGGACCUCCAUCCAUGGGAUCAAGUACACUUGUGAACCGGGAAGAACCCUCUUGGAAAAAUUUAUUUGGAUCACGUUGUGUGUCUGUAGCAUUGUAUUAUGCUCGUUUCUAAUCCAGCCAAUCUAUUCGAAAUGGAGAACCGACCCCACUUUUACCACGAUCUCGAGCACGGAUUAUCCAGUUUGGAAUCUGGACUUUCCUGCUUUCACUAUUUGUCCCAAUGUCCGGGUGGACCCAUGGAGAUUGGACAGGCUCUUCGCCGAAAAAGAAUGGAACGCUACGCUCAAAGUCUUGAAAAUGACUCCCAAGGAGCUCACCGGUCAAAUCCAGCGUUUGCUAGGGAUGUAUAUCAAAUACCAUGAAUUUGAUUUCUCGCAACCGAAUACCGGGUACCUCAAUUACAACGAAUCCGUCAUCAUUGAGAGACACUUGCAGAACUUCAGCUCCAUUUUG